AUGGACACAGACACAAGCAUGCACCAAAACCAACACAACAACCAACAGUUCAAAAUCCAGCACAACAACAACAACAACCAGCACAACAACCACCUCCACAACCAGCACAGCAACCAACAGUUCAAAACCCUGCACAACAACAACCACAAACAGAGCAAGGACAUAAAAGAAGUAGAGAACAAGGAAACCAAGAUUUCUUAA